GGCCCGGUCCAAUUUCAAUCCGGUUGUCCACCGGGCCAUGUCUCCGUCGCGUGUUGCCCACCGCCCUCUCCAAGUUUUCAAGACUGAAACUUGAAAGCAAAGCUCGCUAACCGCCUUUGGUCCGGCUCGCAAGUCAAAGCAGCGAAGGUACCAAUACCAUCAAGCGUUUCGACGCGUUCCACAGUGAAUCCGUCAAUACUGAUUGCCGGGACUUCUUAGGUUACCUUCGUCAGCGAUCGAGAGACGACGAUGAAGCGCCGGAUUAACGCAUUUGGGAAGGUAGCACUUUGAGCCCCGCGUAGCUCCUCCGUGCGCGCGGAAUGUUGACGUGCCUCUCCGUCAAACCCUCUUCAUCUUCACUAGCCAAUUCGCAUCUUGAGCAGGACCUCGAUUCGCAUCCGCCACGUUCGCUGGGGGCUUCCCCAGGCGGCACUUCAAGAUCGAGCCAGGCGGUCUCGCCCACCGUCAAUCUCAGCCGGGAGUACACUCUCGCUCUUCAGACCAAUUCAUAUAGCGAGAUUCGCUCCACGAUUUGCGUUCUUGAAUGCAGUCAGGGCGGGCAGGAACUGCAUUUUCAAGAGCAAGAUUGGAGCGAGUCGACCCAAGAGCAGGUGCUGCUUCGCGUUCUGCAACCGAAUAGGGAAUGCGUGGGGGAGGCGCUCAGCCACGCCAAGGACAAUGCGCUUACCCAAUUAGUCUCUUCAUACUUUGACCACAGCGAGAACACGUCCAAGCUCUGCCUUUUGCUUUACCAAAGUGUGCACCGCGUCCGUGGCAUGUACUCUUCUCUUGUUGAGCUCCUCAGAGUGCUUCCUCUUGAUGCGGAUUCAUUUACUCAAUUACAGUGCAACAGGGUUUAUGAUAUCUUUGUCGAAUUUGACUGCCAUGACAACCCCUUCUCCUCCCCUGACUCCCACAACUUCAGCGAAAUGCGCAGCUGCUUUUCACAGCUAAAGCAACAGCUGGACCAUAGACUACAGAAGUCCAAAUCAAGAGUUAAAUUUGCUCACCAUGCCAUUGCAGGGUCUGCGCUUUGUCUCUUUGGCACUGUAGUUGCUGCUGUUGCGUCCGCUAUUGGUGUCAUGGCUCAUGCGCUCAUUGCAUUUGUUAGUGCUCCAUGCUUGACGGUGUAUCUUCCAUGUGACAGGUUCUCAAAGAAAGAGCUUGCCCAUGCUGCUCAACUUGAUGCUGCUGCCAAGGGUACUUAUGUUCUCAACAAUGACUUGGACACUAUUGAUCGACUUGUCGACCGUCUGUAUGCCGCUGUAGAAGAUGACAAACUAUUGAUCCGGAUUGGAUUGGAGAGAGGCACGGAUAAAAAUCCUAUACUAGAGGUGGUGAAACAGCUCCGCAAGAACCACACUAAGGUCUUUGAUGAACUAAAGGAUCUGGAGGAUCAUAUAUGCCUAUGCUUCAACAUGGUCAACAAGGCCAGAAGACUUCUCCUGGAAGAGAUUACCUCUCAUAGUUCUAUUGCUUCCUGACCAUUUACUUACAUUAUAUGAGCAAGCGCCAAAUGGAUUGUACAUUCGUACUGAUUUAAUUGGGCAAAGUCUCUGCCUGCUGACAGCUGAUAGUUCCGAACAAUGCAAAAGUAAUAGCAGGGUGUCAUAGUUAGUGUAUUUUCACCUCUAUGUGUGCCAAGUUUAUAUUACUUGGUGAUUGGAGGUGUUUCUUAGUCAUUGCUCGAGCGAGGGAUGCUCAGCUUUUCUUGAGUUGUAUAUAGUGCUGAUAAUUUAGAUGUUGAUUAUAGCUUCGCAGGACUACUAUUGACCAUUGUUGUUGUGUUAGAAUCACGUUUUAGCAUCUU